ACACACGCACGCACGCAGUGACACACACAACGCGAGCGCGCGCGCACACAGUGACACCCUCACUCACACACGCCCACACCAGAGGUGGCGUGCACCACAUCUCCGACGCCAGCCGGCUCGCAGCGCGUUGUGCUCCCCACCUCCAUUGCCAUGGCAGAGGGUGCCUACCUAGGAUGGGACUUCAGCACCCAGCAGGUGAAGGUAAUUGCUGUUGAUGAAAAACUGAAUGUCACCUAUGAGGAGAGCAUUAAUUUUGAUAAAGAGCUUCCAGAAUUUGGGACCCAGGGUGGAGUGCAUGUUCACAGUGACAAGCUCAGAGUGACUUCUCCUGUUUUAAUAUGGGUCAAGGCCUUGGAUGUAAUCUUGGAGAAGAUGAAGUCUUCUGGUUUCAACUUUUCUCGAGUCAGAGCGUUGUCUGGGGCUGGCCAGCAACAUGGAAGUGUGUACUGGAAAAGAGGGGCCUGCCAAACUUUGAGGAAUUUAUCACCUGAUCUUUCUUUACACCAGCAAUUAAAGUCCUCUUUCUCAGUCCCUGACUGCCCCAUCUGGAUGGACUCUAGCACCACAAUGGAAUGCCGCAACUUGGAGAAGGCUGUUAAAGGAGCCCAGAAUCUCAGCGAUAUCACCGGGUCCCGGGCCUAUGAGCGUUUUACAGGAAACCAGAUAGCAAAGAUUUUCAAGGAGAACCCCGAUGCCUACUCACAAACUGAGAGAAUUGCUUUGGUUAGUAGUUUUGCAGCUUCCCUGUUUCUUGGAUCCUAUACACCCAUUGAUUACAGUGAUGGUUCUGGGAUGAAUUUAUUGGACAUACGUAAAAAAUCCUGGUCCCAGCCCUGCCUAGAUGCGUGCGCACCUGAGUUAGAGGAGAAACUUGGACCAGUGGUACCCUCAAGUUCAGUACUGGGACCUAUUUCUUCUUAUUAUACUCGGCGUUAUGGUUUCAACUCUGAAUGUAAAGUGAUAGCCUUCACUGGAGACAAUCCAGCAUCAUUAGCUGGAAUGAGACUGGGAGAAGGUGACAUUGCAGUAAGCCUUGGCACCAGCGAUACACUGUUUCUUUGGAUCAAGGAGCCAACCCCUGCUUUAGAAGGCCACAUCUUCUGCAACCCUGUUAAUUCUCAAGAGUAUAUGGCCCUUUUGUGCUUUAAGAAUGGGUCUCUGAUGAGAGAAAAGGUCCGAGAUGAAUCCGCUUCAGGUUCCUGGGAUGAGUUCUCCACAGCUCUACGAUCCACUGAAAUUGGAAAUAAUGGAAAUCUGGGUUUUUAUUUUGAUGUGAUGGAAAUUACUCCAGAGAUCACUGGGCAUCACAGGUUUAAUGCAGACAAUCAGAAGGUAUUAAACUUUCCCAAAAAGAUGGAGAUCCGAGCUUUGAUUGAAGGACAGUUCAUGGCCAAAAGGAUUCAUGCUGAAAACCUAGGCUAUAGAGUUGUGCCAAGUACCAAGAUUCUGGCUACUGGAGGAGCUUCACAUAAUAAAGACAUCUUACAGGUUUUGUCCGAUGUGUUCAAUGCCCCAGUGUACACUAUUGAAACUGCCAAUUCCGCUUGUUUGGGAUGUGCUUAUAGAGCAAUUCAUGGCCUUGGAGUAGGGGAAAAUGUCUCCUUUGCUGAUGUUGUGAAAUUAGCCCCGGAGCCCAGAUUAGCUGCCACACCAACUGCUGGAGCAGCCCAGGUCUAUGAGCCACUCCUCAAGAGGUAUGCUGAGUUGGAGCAGCAAAUCGUCCUGCGGUCUCAUGCACCACCCAACUGAAAAGUCAGGUUCCUAAGAGGCUGCCCCAGAAUUGCCAUGAAUGUUGAAAAGAGGAAUCAACAUGUUUUGAAAUUUCCUGUGAUUGUUCCCGUUUCAUCCGCUGGUUAAUCAAGCAUAAUGAAUAGGGGUCCAAUUCAACAGUCUCCUCCUCCAGGAAGCUGCCUUUCACCACUCUGGUCUACACUGAGCCCUCCUCUGACCUCACAGCAAACCUGAUUGUGCACUGCCAUCAACUGCUGUCUGUUUCAGUGAUGAAUCUUGUCUCCCCAACCGGACUGUAAUCACCAUAAAGAAAGGGACCAGAUUCUAAGCAAAAGAUUGCCCCGACCAAUGUCUCGCAAAAAUGUUAAUAGAUUUUAGCUAAACUCUCUGAUAAAGUGCAACAUUUCCUAAACAAUGUUCACAAGGAACUGUAACAUGGUUUCACCUAAACUUUCGCCAAAGUGGUUUACAAAGUUAGGUUAAAUAUCCCAUGUAUCCCAUGUGCUUUCAAGCCUGUGCACUCAUUAAGGGCUUACAAAAUGAACUGAAAACAAAAUAAAAAUUAUAACUACCUACACAUACAGCCCUUUAAAGUUUAGGCAGGACUUCAUGUAUCUUACCUCAUUUGAGCUUCAUAGUAAAAUAGGUAUGAGAAGUAUCAUUAUGUCCAUUUUCUAGAUAAAGAAACUGAGACUCAGCUAGGAAGUAUGAGGUAGGACUUGAACUCAGGUCUUCCUCACUCCGUUCUAGCUACCAUGCCAUGCCCUGUUCAGAACCUGGGUCACAGCAGUUAUCACAAGCAAGGAUCAGAUCAGUGGUUGGUAAAGGCAGUGGGUGAGGGUUCAAAUAGCAAAUAAUGGAAUGAGGGGCCCAAUGAGCAGCAUCAGGAAAGUCCUAGCAGGAGAGAUUAAGGAACCCAUCUUUGAGAGACAGAGCAGGGUAAGAGGUGCUAGGUAGGUGAAGUCACUGGGAAACUGGUACAAGGCAGGAACUUGUCACUAGGAACUUGGAUGUGUUGAUUGUUUAGUAGUGAAAAGACUACUAGAUUUUGAAGUCAAAAGGCUUGAAUUUGAAUACUACCUCUGCUAUUCAAAGUAUUUUCUCUCUUAUUUCCAGUUUCCUCAUCUUUAAAAAUAGGUGGCAGGGGCUGGCCUAGAUCAAAAGGGUCAAACUCCAAGGGCCUCACAGAAUUCUGAGUGCCCUGUAACCAGACUAAAAUGUAAUGGGGAAAUGUUUAAGAAAAUAAAUAAAAAUACAAUAUAGCAUCGAUCAUA